AUGAAGAAGGAAAAACUUCAAGAACAAGAAGAUAGUAGUACUGACUUUAUAAUCUUUUAUCGUGUCAAGUUAUCUGAAAUUAAUAAGUUUGUUAACAAUAAGUCUAGUUCAGAUAGUUUAGUAAAAAGCUCUUAUAAAAAUAAUAUAAUGGUAAAACUCCCAUCUUUAAAAUUGCAAUCAUUUGAUGGUAGACCUGAACUAUGGCAAACGUUUUAUGAAAAUUUUACAUGUUCUAUAGAUAGUAAUGAUGGCCUAAGUCCAAUUCAAAAAUUAACGUAUCUAAGAAAUCUUUUAAAAGGACAAGCACUUUCAACUAUAACAGGACUUGCUUUUACAAAUGAUAAUUACAAUAUUGCAAUCAAUUUAUUAAAAGAAAAGUAUGAAAAUAAACAAUUGGUUAUAUCCUCUCAUAUGGGAACAUUUUUGUCGAUCGAAAAUGUUUAUAACAUUAAAAAUAUAGUAACUCUUUGUACAAUUUAUGACAAAAUUGAAAUCCAGGUCAGAAGUUUAGAAAAUUUAGGAGUAGAUUCUAGGCAAUAUGGACCUCUUCUAAUACCUGUACUAAUGCAAAAAGUUCCUGAAGAUCUCGCUUUACUUAUAUCAAGAGAAUUUGUUAAUGUUGCUGAUUGCUGGAGUAUGAAAACUGUUUUGAGCAUUUUGAAAAAGUAA